GCCAGAACUGACUUGCUUUGGGGUAACGAGAGACAGCAGUACCGGCGUAUCAAGAUGACUGAUCCUAUGAUGGAUUUUUUUGAUGAUGCCAAUCUUUUUAGUGAGACCUUAGAAGGUUUGUCAGAUGAUGCCUUUGUUCAACCUGGACCUGUUUCACUUGUUGAUGAACUGAAUUUGGGUGCAGAAUUUGAACCUUUGCAUAUAGACUCGUUGAACCAUGUGCAAGAUGCUCCAAACCAACAGAAGAUGAGUGACUUUGAGCAGCUGAACCAGUAUGAUUCACUGAAACUUCACCCAGUCAAUCAGUCUUUUAGUAGCUCAGCUGACAAUGUCUUGUCACCACACUCUCAAUUUAAUUGCUCACCAAUUCAUCCGCAGAACCAGUCUAAUGGGAUGUUUCCAGACGUGGCUGAUGGUAGUCCUAUGUGGGGUCACCAAACUGCCACAACUGUUUCAAAUCAGAAUGGGUCCCCUUUUCAUCAAGGACAUUCUCAGUCUAUGCAGCAAAACAAAAGCUUUGUAGCACACCAUGAUUUUGCCUUAUUUCAGGCUAACGAACCGCAGCAUCAGUGCGCCUCGCUACGGUCACAGCAGAGCAGAAACAGCAUUAACACGGGGCAGGAUGCUCUGAGUCAGCCAAAAGACUUCAUGGAAGUUAAUGUAUCUACUUCUCACAGAGUUGGUGUUAACCACCCACCUUCGGUUUCCAAUCCAUCAACUUCACAGCAGCCUCUGUCUGUUCAACAGUUUUCUCAAACUGCAAGUGCUUCAAUACAUUUUUGUGGGAAUCGAGAGGGAAAUUUUGAUGGGCAGUCCUCAGCUAUUACUCCUUGUUCUGUCAAUAAUACCCAACAAUUUUCUUCUCCUUAUUCUUACUCUAAUAACCACAUUUCUCCUACCAGCCUUCUUCAGUCUACAACGGCUCUUUCUUCUGGCCAGCAGACACACUCUAUCUCUGACUUCACUGGAAGCGAUGCCUUUACAUCUCAAACAGGGACCAAGCAAGAUACAACUGAGCAUAUGUUGAAUCCUAGUACACCUUUGAAUUCGAAUAGUUUUCAGCUGUUGCAUUCUGCACAUCCUCAGGGCAACUUUAGUAGUUCGAAGCUUUCUCCUGUGAAUAUUAGUUUUCCAGCAUCUGCUGGUUCUGCAUCUCAGAUAAGCCAUUUCACUGACCCAAUCGAAAGCAAUGGGUUUACAUCGUUGGACGACAACUUACUUCAUCAAGUUGAGACUCAAAGUGAACCAUUUACGGGGCUUGACCCAGAUGACCUCCUUCAGGAAGACCUUCUACCCCAGUUUGACGACUCUGCGUUUGUUCAGGACAGCACAAGCCACGUUUUGGAGCAUGAUCUCGACCACCACAUCACCCCACCGCAAGUAACGCAGCCGUCAGACAUGGCUCGUGCUCAGAUCCAUCCCUGGCAUUCUUCAGUUUCCAACCAGCAUCUCCAGGACAGAAGUCGUAUAACCUUACAAGGACAGCCUCCUUCGUCCAAAAAGACUGAUGGUUCAGGCUCAUAUACUAAGUUGCAGAAUACCCAGGUGAGGGCAAUGGCUGAAAAGAAGCAGAAGAGAAAAAACGACUCUGAAAGUAAGCAAGAGAAGGCAAAUCGCAUAAUAUCCGAAGCGAUCGCAAAAGCGAAAGAGAGAGGAGAAAGAAACAUUCCGCGAGUAAUGAGUCCUGAGAACUUCCCCAGUGUUUCAGCUGAGGGAAAAGAGGAAAAGAAAGGCAGGAAAGUUAAAUCGAAACCAAAGGACAAAGAAGGCAAAAAGACGAAAACUGGCUCUUCAUCCAAAAUUAAAGAGAAAACAAAAAUUGGGAAACUAAUCAUAACUCUGGGUAAAAAGCAGAAAAGAAAAAAUGAAUCUUCAGAUGAACUGUCUGAUGCUAAGCAGACUCCACAACGGGCACUGAAAGAUGAAGACUCACAGAAGAGAAGAUCAAAUCGUCAAGUGAAAAGGAAAAAGUAUGCUGAGGAAGGAGAAGGAAAGCAAUCAGAAGAGGAGGCUAAAGUUGCUGUGAAAAUCAAGAAGAGCUCUGCUCCGUUACCCGCUGAGCAGCCUUUGCAAUUAUUUGUUGAGAAUCCAAGUGAGGAAGAUGCAGCAAUUGUAGACAAGAUCUUAUCCUCUAGGAUAAUAAAGAAAGAAGUGUCUGCUGGAAUGACAGUGGAAACGGAAGAGUUUUUUGUAAAAUAUAAGAACUACUCCUACCUCCACUGCGAAUGGGCCACAGAACAACAGCUGUUAAAGGAUAAAAGAAUCCAGCAGAAAAUAAAGCGGUUCAAACUAAGGCAGGCACAAAGAGCUCACUUCUUUGCUGAUAUGGAAGAAGAACCUUUUAAUCCUGACUAUGUUGAAGUAGACCGGGUAUUAGAAGUCUCUUUGUGUGAAGAUAAGGACACCGGUGAGCCUGUUAUUUACUAUUUAGUAAAAUGGUGUUCGUUGCCGUAUGAAGACAGUACGUGGGAGCUGAAAGAAGAUGUAGAUCAAGCAAAAAUAGAAGAAUUUGAACAGUUACAAGCUUCCAGGCCUGACUCAAGAAGAUUGGAACGACCGCCUCCAAACUCUUGGAAGAAGAUAGAACAGUCCAGGGAAUAUAAAAAUGGCAAUCAGCUCAGGGAAUAUCAACUGGAAGGACUUAACUGGCUCUUAUUCAACUGGUACAAUAGACGAAAUUGCAUUUUAGCGGAUGAAAUGGGUCUUGGCAAAACCAUUCAGUCCAUUACAUUCCUCUAUGAAAUCCUGCUGUCUGGUAUAAGGGGGCCUUUUCUGAUCAUAGCUCCGCUUUCCACUAUAACAAACUGGGAAAGAGAAUUUCGCACAUGGACUGACCUUAAUGUUGUAGUGUAUCAUGGAAGCAUGAUCAGCAGACAGAUGAUUCAGCAGUAUGAAAUGUACUUCAGGGACUCUCAGGGCCGCAUCGUUCGAGGUACAUACAGGUUCCAGGCCAUUAUCACUACUUUUGAAAUGAUUCUUGGGGGCUGUCCAGAACUCAAUGCGAUUGAGUGGCGAUGUGUUAUUAUUGAUGAAGCACAUAGACUGAAGAACAAAAACUGCAAACUCUUGGAAGGACUAAAACUAAUGAACCUUGAGCAUAAAGUGCUGCUGACAGGUACACCACUGCAGAACACAGUAGAAGAAUUAUUUAGCCUCCUUCAUUUUCUUGAGCCGUUGCGUUUUCCUGGGCUAUCACUUAUGGGUUCUUUUGUUCAGAAACUACAAGCCAUCCUCAAGCCCAUGAUGCUCCGACGAUUAAAGGAAGAUGUAGAAAAAAAGCUGGCUCCUAAAGAGGAAACUAUAAUUGAAGUAGAAUUAACUAAUAUUCAGAAGAAAUACUAUCGAGCAAUUUUGGAGAAGAAUUUUGCUUUCUUAUCCAAGGGAGCAGGGCAAGCAAAUGUACCAAAUCUAGUUAACACUAUGAUGGAACUCCGAAAGUGUUGUAAUCACCCGUAUCUCAUUAAAGGUGCUGAAGAGAAAAUUCUUGGAGAGUUUAAAGAAACUUACAGCCCAAGUGCUCCUGACUUCCAUUUACAAGCAAUGAUCCAAUCUGCUGGUAAAUUGGUUCUGAUUGAUAAGCUUCUUCCUAAAAUGAAAGCAGGAGGCCACAAAGUGCUUAUCUUCUCUCAAAUGGUGCGCUGUCUUGAUAUUUUGGAGGAUUACCUUAUUCAUAAAAGGUACUUAUAUGAGCGGAUUGAUGGGCGGGUAAGAGGGAAUCUGAGGCAAGCUGCCAUCGACCGAUUCAGCAAACCCGAUUCGGAUCGGUUUGUCUUCCUGCUCUGCACCAGAGCUGGUGGCUUGGGCAUUAAUCUGACAGCAGCAGAUACGUGUAUAAUUUUUGAUUCUGAUUGGAAUCCCCAAAAUGAUCUGCAGGCUCAAGCCCGUUGUCACAGGAUUGGUCAGAACAAAGCAGUGAAGGUCUACAGGCUGAUAACCCGCAACUCCUAUGAGAGAGAGAUGUUUGACAGGGCAAGUCUGAAGCUGGGGCUCGAUAAGGCUGUUCUGCAGAGUAUGAGCGGCAGAGAAAACAGCGUUGGUGGCAUACAACAACUCUCUAAGAAAGAAAUAGAAGAUUUGCUUCGAAGAGGCGCAUAUGGUGCCAUUAUGGAUGAAGAAGACGAAGGCUCUAAAUUCUGUGAGGAAGACAUUGACCAAAUUCUGCAGCGUCGUACUAAAACUAUCACAAUUGAAUCAGAAGGAAGGGGCUCUACAUUUGCCAAGGCUAGUUUUGUUGCAUCUGGAAACAGGACUGAUAUUUCAUUAGAUGAUCCCAACUUCUGGCAGAAAUGGGCCAAAAAAGCUGAAAUUGAUAUUGAAGCGAUCAGUGGUAGAAACAGUCUGGUUAUAGAUACCCCAAGAAUUAGGAAGCAGACGCGGCCGUUCAGUGCUACGAAGGAUGAGCUGGCUGAGCUGUCGGACGUGGAGAGCGAGGGCGAUGACAAACCCAAACUCCGCAGGCCUUGCGACCGCUCCAAUGGAUAUGGGAGAACAGAGUGCUUUCGGGUGGAGAAAAACUUACUGGUCUAUGGAUGGGGCCGAUGGAGAGAGAUUUUGUCGCAUGGUCGCUUCAAGAGACAACUGAAUGAGCAGGAUGUGGAGAUCAUUUGCCGAGCUCUGCUAGCAUAUUGUCUUGUUCACUACAGAGGGGAUGAGAAGAUAAAAAGUUUUAUAUGGGAUCUCAUUACCCCAACAGAAGAUGGGCAAACACGAGAGCUGCAGAAUCACCUUGGUUUGUCAGCCCCUGUGCCUAGGGGAAGAAAAGGAAAGAAAGUGAAGACCCAAGCAAGUACUUUUGACAUACACAAAGCAGAAUGGCUUCGAAAAUACAAUCCAGAACAUCUGUUGCAAGAUGAAGGAUAUAAGAAGCACAUAAAACACCAUUGCAACAAGGUCUUGCUUCGAGUAAGAAUGUUGUAUUAUUUAAAACAAGAAGUCAUUGGUAAUGAAUUCCAAAAGGUGUUUGAUGGAAUUGAUGCCAGUGUGGAUGCAGAUAAAUCCCUUCUAAUUGGAGUUUUUAAACAUGGUUAUGAGAAGUACAACACCAUCAGAGCAGACCCCGCGCUGUGCUUCUUGGAAAGGGUUGGCAAACCAGACGAAAAAGCAGUUGCUGCUGAACAGAGAGCAAACGAUUAUAUGGAUGGGGAUGUAGAAGAUCCAGAAUAUAAACCAGCCCCAGCAAUGUUUAAAGAUGACAUAGAGGAUGAUGUUUCAUCCCCAGGUGACCUGGUAAUAGCAGAUGGAGAUGGACAAAUGAUGGAGGGAGACAAGAUUUAUUGGCCCACUCAGUCUGCCCUCACCACGCGUCUCCGCCGCCUCAUAACAGCCUAUCAGCGAACAAGCAAAAACAGGCAGACGCAGCAGCUCCAGCCAGCGUUCCCCGUGCAGACGAGCAUGAUGCAGCCCCCAUAUGAAGAAGCUGCUCUAAAUCCAAAGAUGGCUGCUAAGAUUGAGAGACAGCAAAGGUGGACAAGAAGGGAAGAAGCUGACUUCUACAGAGUUGUGUCCACGUUUGGAGUGGUGUUUGAUCCUGAAAGGGGCAGAUUUGACUGGACCAAAUUCAGAGCCAUGGCUAGGUUGCAUAAGAAAACUGAUGAGAGCCUAGAGAAGUACUUGUAUGCAUUCAUGUCCAUGUGCAGGAGAGUCUGUCGCCUUCCUUCAAAACAAGAGCUGGUAGAUCCAAACAUCUUGAUCCAGCCGAUUACAGAGGAACGAGCUUCCCGGACCCUGUAUCGCAUUGAGCUCCUAAGGAAAGUGCGGGAGCAGGCGCUUCGACACCCACAGUUGUUCGAGCGACUAAAGCUCUGUCAGCCAAACCCAGAUCUGCCUGUCUGGUGGGAGUGUGGGGCUCAUGACAGGGAUUUACUUAUUGGAGCUGCUAAACAUGGAGUUAGCAGGACAGACUAUCACAUCCUUCGUGAUCCGGAGCUGUCGUUUAUGUCUGCCCAGAGGAGCUACAGUCAGAACAAAGUGGCCCUCUCACGGACUUCUACUCCACUCUUGCAUCAGUAUCAAAUGGCACUAUCAGCAUCUCCUCUAACACCUCAGUCAAGGUUGCCGGAUGCUAAGGCGAAUGCUCUUGAGGAUACAAAAGUUAAAAAUGAAAAUCUGAAAGAGGAUCCUCAGUCUUCUGAAGAGGAAUCUAUGUCUACAGAGGAGACACAGACAGUAAUGAAAUCUGAACCUUUGAGUCCAAAAAACGGCACUUCGGUACAAAAUACAGACCACAAAGCUAGUGUGAAGACUGAAACAGACAGGCGCAUGGUUGCAGCAAGGACAGAGCCUCUAACUCCUAACGCAGCUUCCAAGAAACAGAGGAUCAGCAAAAGAGGGUCUGAUUCUAGCUCGGACUCGGACUCUGACUCAGAUAGAUCAUCCUGUUCUUCCAGGUCAUCGUCUUCAUCCUCUUCAUCUUCCUCAUCUUGUUCGCACUCUCGAUCAGGCUCUAGCUCGUCGUCAUCUUCGUCUUGUUCUUCAGCCUCAUCAUCGUCGUCAUCGUCCUCCUCCUCCUCCUCCUCAUCGUCAUCAUCAUCGUCUGAGGAGAGCGAUAGCGAUGAAGAGGAGGCGCAGAAACGUGAAGGAACCCCUCAUAUAAAAGCCUACGAUGAAGAAAGUGUCGCCUCUCUGAGUACAACACAGGAUGAAACCCAGGACAGUUUCCAGAUGAACAAUGGAACACCAAAUUCCAGUUAUCUCUUACAGGGGGGAUACAUGUUGGCUGCAUCCUACUGGCCAAAGGAUCGAGUUAUGAUUAAUCGGCUCGAUAGCAUUUGUCAAACAGUAUUGAAAGGUAAAUGGCCUUCAGCACGAAGGAGCUACGAGAGCAACACAGUGGCAUCCUUCUACACAACCAAGCUCCUGGACAGCCCGGGGGCAGCUGCGGACUACAGCGAACCCAGCGCGCCAACCCCGCCGCACGUGGGGGUUAAAGAAGAAUAUGAUCAGUCGCCACAGAUGUCAAAGGUGAAGAAGCAUGUACGAGAAAAGGAGUUUACAGUGAAAAUCAAUGACGAAGGUGGUUUGAAAUUGACUUUUCAGAAGCAGGGACUGUCUCAGAAAAGGCCAUUUGAAAGUGAGGAAGGUGCAUUGGGACAGCAGCAAUACCUGGCUCGGCUUCGAGAGCUCCAGAAUGCUUCAGAGACCAGUCUUGUCAACUUCCCCAAAUCACUUCCAGAAUCAGGUACUUCCAGUCAGUUAACUGCUAGUGCCAAUGGAGUAAUAGUUGACAGCCAGCCUGUAGUGAAAAAGAGAAGAGGAAGAAGGAAGAAUGUGGAAGGAGUCGAUGUCCUCUUUAUAAAUAGAAAUAAACAGCCUAAUCAUGUUAAUCCAGGUAUUAACUCCUGUCAAGUUGCUGCAGGAAUCAAUCCAGCACUCAAUUACACUCAGUCCCAAGGCAUUCUUGAUGCAGAAAGUCCAGUUCCUGUUAUUAACUUAAAAGAUGGAACAAGGCUUGCAGGUGAUGAUGCCCCAAAAAGAAAAGACUUAGAGAAGUGGCUGAAGGAACAUCCUGGCUAUGUUGAGGAUUUAGGAGCUUGUAUUCCGAGAAUGCAGCUGCAUGAUGGGAGGCCCAAACAAAAGAGACAUCGUUGUCGAAACCCUAAUAAACUGGAUGUUAACAGCCUGACUGGUGAAGAACGUGUUCAGCUCAUAAACAGAAGAAAUGCAAGAAAGGUGGGGGGUGCAUUUGCUCCCCCUCUGAAGGAUUUGUGCAGAUUCCUGAAAGAAAAUCCAGAGUAUGGAGUGGCUCCUGAAUGGGGAGAUGUCGUGAAACAGUCUGUGAGUAUCUGCAUAAUAAGACAUCUAGGACAUGGAAUGAAUCGGAAAGCCAAGAGCGUGGCUGCCAUGUUCCCCAUGCUGCUCUCGGGAAUGGCGGGAUUGCCCAACCUGCUGGGCAUGGGCGGCCUGCUCGCCAAGGCCACCGAGGCCGUUUCGGAGGAGAAGGGAAGCGAUUCCAAGGAGGCGGAUGUAAAGAAAGAAAGGACAGAAGACCAAAAUACAGAUAUUGGUGGUGAAAACUCUGUUGCGAGUUCUCCUUCAACAUCCUCUGCUGCUGCAGCUGCCAACUCUCUCUCUCUUAACCCAUUACUGUUGUCCAACAUACUUUAUCCAGGGAUGCUUCUCACUCCAGGCCUUAAUCUUCAUAUCCCAGCUUUGUCUCAGUCUAAUAUUUUUGAUGUACAGAACAGUGAAAACAAUGACACGGGCUCAGCCAAGCCCACAGAAGAAAAAGAGGAAAAUUCUAGGGUUAGAGAUCAGGAAGACAAAGGGGGAACAGAGCCAAGCUCUCACAAUGAAAACAGCACAGAUGAGGGUUCAGAGAAAGCAGAUGCUUCAUCUGGAUCUGAUAGUACAUCGUCUUCAUCUGAGGAUUCAGAUUCUAGUGAUGAAGACUGACCCCAGACUCUGCACUUAAAUUAUAAACUGAUUUUGAAUUUAUUCUUUAAUUAUUUCAUUGUAAAUAACCCAGUGUUGAGUGCAUCAAUGAUUUACUGAGCGAACAUUUCAGUAUUUGUUUAGAAGUGCAAACUGCUUUCAGAGACAUUUUGCAUGUAAUAUUUCUUGAAGUUCAUAAGUUUCUGAACUUGUAUGUACUAUCAAAUACACAAUGGUGUAAAAUUACAACAAAAGGCAUUAUAAUUUUGUUGGGGGGUUAAUUUUAUGAAAAUAAUGCUCAAGUAAGAGCUGUAUAUUUAAUAUAUUUGCAGUGAACACAGAAUACUUUAUGCAUAUUAUUGAUUUAAUUUGAAUAUAGUUUUACAGCCUCCUUGACACUUAUAAUUUACAGAUCAAAACUCAGCAAUAAUUUGGGCAGCUAAUGAAUGUCAUGAAAGCUGUAGAAUCUACAUCACCAUCCAUUGCUUUAAUUACAUGAAAAUGCUCUAGUGUUGUGAUGCACUGCUGUUUCCAAUUCAGGUACAAGUGUGUUUAAAAGAAGAUUAAAUUUUUUUCCCAAUCAGCCAAUUAAACUGGCUACCUGUUACCUCAGCUGAGUUAGUUUAGGAAGUUUACAUUGGUUUCUAUUCACUUGUUUUCAGGUUUUGUUUUGUUCUCUAAAGACAUCCUGUAUGAUAUCAUGUUAAAAUCUGAGUUAUCUGAGAUAGGACUGUUGAGUUGUUUUUUCUCAUUACGCGAGUUCUCUUUGACGGUGGUAAAGGGAAAUUAAAACAGACUGUCUUAUCUCAUGCUACUUGGCACCAUAGAGACCUAUUUAGUUUACACCUUGCAAAGUUUUGGGUUCCCUCCAGAGAAUUAAAAGUCCCAAAAUAAGGAGUAAUUUCCCCAAGACUCAGAAGAGGCAGACUGUCAUAAAGUGCCACUGAAAAGACCUUUCAACACUGCAUACUUCAUGUAAAAAUUGUUUGUUUGCUUUGUUUGUGUAGAUUUCUAUUUGUGUUUUAUGUCAUAAAACCUCCUGGAAUUACCAGUUAAUAAUGGUAAAUAAAGUAUAGAUAGUUUUGAACUCCUUUUGAGUUUAAACUUCUCUGCAGAUUUAAAUCUGACUAAAUAUUAAAUAUUACCCCAAAUCACUAUUGGGAUAUCAGUUCAUAUAUUAUGCUGAGUUGCCCACUAAAGAAAAAGCACUUUGACUUGUAGGGAAGAAAAAUUAUUCCUCGAAACCACAAGAACAGGGCAUAAAGCAUCUGUUUAAGUCCAAAUCCUUUGAACCCUUUGCUAUAUAAAAUCUGUUGACUAUUUGAUGUGUGAUAUGAUUCCUCCUUCUUCUUAAGCUGCUAUUACUCUGACACAGUAGAGGCCCAGAUUCGCAUUUAGAUAAGUUGUGAACUGCCUGAGAUUUCAGUUGACCUUAGUUAUAUCAUUUGUGGUCCAAGAACAGGCAAGUGUUAAGAGGAAAUAGAUACAGGUACUAGUAGAAGUCAUUGGAAAAGCUUUACAAAGGGAUAAAUUUAAA